AAGUUGCGGGCACCGGACCAGGCGGUGGGUGCCAUGGAGCAGGACCCCCCGCUGUCUCCCGGGCUUUCUCGCUCCUUCAAGGAGGAGCUGCUCUGCGCGGUCUGCUACGACCCCUUCAGGGAUGCCGUGACUCUGCCCUGCGGCCACAACUUCUGCCGCGAGUGCGUGACCCACUGCUGGGAGGUGCAGGCAGCGCCCACCUGCCCAGUGUGCAAGGACCGCGUGGCCCCCGCCGACUUGCGCACCAACCACACCCUCAACAACUUGGUGGAGAAGCUGCUGCGUGAGGAGGCCGAGGGCGCGCGCUGGACAGGCCACCGCUCUCCCCGCCUCUGCCGCCUGCACCGCAACCAGUUCAACCUGUUCUGCCUCGAUGACAAGGAACUACUGUGCUACUCGUGCCAGGCCGACCCCCGGCACCAGGGACACCGCGUGCAGGCAGUGAAGGACACUGCCCACGACUUUCGGGCCAAGUGCAGGAACAUGGAGCACUCACUGCGGGAGAAAGCCAAGGCCUUCUGGGCCAUGCGGCGCUCCUACGAGGCCAUCGCCAAGCACAAUCAGGUGGAGACUGCCUGGCUAGAAAGGCGAAUCCGGCAGGAGUUUGAAAAGCUUCGAGAGUUCUUAAGAGUGGAGGAGCAGGCAAUCCUGGAUGCCAUGGCUGAGGAGACGAGGCAGAAGCAGCUUCUGGCAGAGGAGAAGAUGAAGCAGCUCAAGAAAGACACAGAGGCUCUGGCCCAUGAGAUCGAGCGGCUGCAGAUGGAGAUGAAGGAAGACGAUGUAUCUUUUCUCCUGAAACACAAGAGCCGAAAACGCCGCCUCUUCUGCACCAUGGAGCCAGAGCCCGUACAGCCUGGCAUGCUCAUCGAUGUUUGCAAGUACCUGGACUCCCUGCAGUAUCGUGUCUGGAGGAAGAUGGUCACGUCUGUUGAAUCUGUACCCUUCAGCUUUGAUCCAAACACCGCGGCUGGCUGGCUGUCCGUGUCUGAUGACCUCACCAGUGUCACCAACCACGGCUACCGAGUGCAGGUGGAGAACCCGGAGCGCUUCUCCUCGGCGCCCUGCCUGCUGGGCUCACGCAGUUUCUCCCACGGCUCCCACGCCUGGGAGGUGGACCUGGGGGCGCUGUCCAGCUGGCGGGUGGGCGUGGUGCGCAUGCGGCAGGACACUGGGACGGAGGGCCACUCCCACAGCUGCUACCAGGACACUCGCUCUGGCUUCUGGUACUUGUGCCGCACUCAGGGGGUGGAGGGCGACCACUGCAUGACCUCAGAGCCCGCCACAUCACCACCGGUCCCCUCCAUCCCACGCCGCCUGCGUGUGGAGCUGGAAUGUGAGGAGGGCGAGCUGUCUUUCUACGAUGCUGAGCGCCACUGCCACCUCUACACCUUCCACGCCCGCUUUGGGGAGGUGCGGCCCUACUUCUACCUGGGGGGCACACGGGGGGACGGGCCCCCUGAGCCUAUGCGCAUCUGCCCCCUGCGCAUCACCGUCAAGAAGGAGCUGGAUGGCUGAGGCCCGCCCGGAGCCUGCCAGGUGCUGCCCAGGCGUCAUGCCAUGGCCCUGCCCUCUUUCUGUCCCUCUUCCUAAAGCCCACACUCACCUGGACGCCUCUACCUCCUGCUCUCUUGCCAGGAUCUUGCUUCUGACUGUCAGAUUCUUCUCCAUGGCUCCAGGCCCGAGGCCUCCCUCAUACCUGGUUCUUUUCUCUACCCACGGUUGGAAGUCAUCUAGGACGUAGCUUGCUGGCCAGGCUCUCCCAGAGGCAUGGCACCUUCAGGGUGUAAAUUUCCUUAAUCCUAACUACAGGAUUUCUGGGGAUAAUGUUUGCCUCUAGAGUAGACCUAUCUUAGACAUUUUUUAAUGUAGGUUUUGUUAUUAUUCAGGUAUGGUGAGGCCAACAGACCAGGAGUCAACUGCUAUUGAAAAGUUUGUUACUUAUAGUUCCCAAGAGGAGGGGGGUUGGGGGGAGCCCCAGGUUUUCCAGGAGGCAGCGGGAGUGAGGGGACAGCAUAGGCUGUUGCAGUUUUCACAGGAAGGAACAAAUGAAGCAGGUAUGGGUUGGACAGGUGUGGGAUUGGCUAGUUUAGGUAGCCCUGGGAGGGGCAAUUCCCCAUGGUCAGUGAGCUCCAGAUUUCAGUGUCAAGAAGAUAGAAAAUAAUAAAAUAUAGUUAGCACAGGGCUAUGGCCAUGGCUUUGGGGCAGGACCAGGGCUUGGCUCAUCUGUCAGUUCAGUAUUUUAAAACCGCCUCACAGAGCCUCCCUGGGACCCCUCAAGCUCAAGGCAAGACUGCCCAUCAGAUCAACUCUGAUUUCUCUCCUUACAUUUGGAUGAUUUUCUCUGCACGGAGGGUCCAGAGCACUUAAAAUACACAAUUUUAAAACCAUGGCUUUGACCCAUUUCCCCUCUGGUCCCCUUCCUCAUCUGUAAAUGAGACAGCGGGACUUCUAUAACUGCUGUGGGGGAAAUUCCUUUGGUCGCUGUUACACAGGUACGAAGGGAAGGAGAGGACGCAGUCUGGGCUGGGCGGGGGUGAGAAGCAAGGGAGACACUGCUCGCCUUUGCCGACCUCAGCCUGCUCAUUCUUGCUCUGCUGCCUUGCAUUUUAUCCCGAUGUCUUCUCCUCCUGCCAUGCCUGCCAGACUUGUACUCCACCUUUUUUUCCUCACACGUGCCUACUGUAGUUUUUAAUGGUCAAAGCACCGUGUCCUGGGAACAGCACUGUACAAGGAAUUGUUUUUUUAUAGUAGCGAUGUUCUCGAUGGGGGGGCACGGAUGCCCAUUCUUUCUCUUGCCUGUGUCCCCAUUUCACAGAAAUGGACAUUUUAUACAGAAAUGAUGAUUCAAAACUAUAUAUUGGUUAUAAAUGUGGUGUGUACUUUGGUAGGGGCCACAGGAGGGUCGUGGUAGGAAAUGCCACUGUGUAAAGGCCCCCAGGUUGGGUGUGUGAGGAUGCUGGCAAACUCAUGCACAGGCCCCUCUGAAAGCGCUUGGAUACCAAACACUGAGGCCAGUGUGCACUCUACAGUCAAGUAUUUAGCACUUCUAAUAUAAUUUCCAUGUAAUUAUCUUGACCAGAAAAUGUUGUUAGUUAUAAACUGUUUUAAAUGUGUUUCAUUUCCACCUUAGAUGUUGGGAGAAUUCAUUUUCUUUUUUACAAGAAUAAAAAUGAUA